AUGUGCCGUGCCCGCAAAGCUACCGCUGCUAAGUCCGCCAAGGCCAAGAAGGCGAUUCAGAAGCCGGACACUUAUGCCUCAUUGAUGAAGAAGAUCAUCAAUGACAAAAUCAUUGAAGAGUUCGAAGAGGAUUCGAAAGAAAAUUGUAAGUGAUUUUUUAUCUUAUUUUUAAAGGAUUUAUUUAAGUAUUUCUAUGUCAUAAUUCUUUUAAUUCCUUUUAAUUUUGAUGCUAUUUAUUACCUACGAAUAUUUCUUUUCAGCCAAGCCUAUAACUCGCAGUCAGAAGGCAAUCAAAGCCGAACCUAUUGAAAUAGUUAAAGAAGAACCGGUACAAAUCAAGGCAGAAGUCGAAAAUGUCAAGGAAGAACCGCUCAGCCCAAGGAAGCCCUCAAUCCUGCUCUGCGAAUGUUGCUCACCGCCGAUGGAGAAAUAUUCAACCGAACACAUGCACCAGUUUUACAACCCGGCAUCGGCCUUCAAUCAGAUGCACCGACUUCCCGUUUCUUACGAUUGGGAAUAA